GGUGUCUCUAAUUGUGCCUGAGUAAAAUGAACGUGUUUUGCGUGUUUGGGGCUCUCCAGGUUGAGCUGACGCCCUGUUUUAAUACUCGUUUGUUUGGAUUAGAGGACGCGGAUCAGUCAGUUGUGUGAGAUGAGCGUUGAGGUAGAAAGAAAAUUUAUAUGCACCGAUGAAACUCUCAGAAUAUUGGAGCAAACAGCUGAUUGUGUCAGACAACGUGAGUUUCAUGACCAGUACUUUGAUACCGCAGACUUCGGCCUCACUCUGCAAGACUUUUGGCUUCGUAAACGCAAAGGAAGCUGGGAGCUGAAAUGUCCGAUGAGCAGAGGCCAGGCAAAGGUAGAAGCACUUUGCACCCGCUACAGGGAGAUUACGGAUCUGGCUGAAAUUCAACUUAGAGUAAGAGAGGUACUAAAAGACGAGGGGUCGACUCCACAACGAAAUAAAAAUCAGAAGACGGAUGGAGAUGUAGACGGGCAAAACCAAAGUGUUACAAGUGAUGAGUCCGAAACGCAGGAUGAGAUGUGGAUUAACGAGUUGAAUUUGAAAUGCUUUGCCGAGUUCACAACAAUCCGUAGGUCAUUUACUUUAAAGGAGGACGCCGUGCAGGUCGAUCUGGACCAGGCCGAUUUCGGCUACAGCGUCGGCGAAAUUGAGGUCCUUGUAUCAGAAGGGAGAGAUGUGCUGUCGGCCUUGGAGAAAAUUGAAAAGGCAGCUCAAAAACUGGGAUUGACUGGGAAUCAGAAAAUACCUGGGAAAAUGUACAUUUAUCUCCAGAGAUACCUCCCAAAGCAUUACGACGCGUUAAUGAAGGCGCAUGUGCUGUAAAUUAAAAUGAAGCGGGUGUUUUAGUAUAUUUAUUUGAUCUUUUAAUGGAGAGUGCCAGUACAGUACACAGUGAUGGGAAGAAUACUUUAUUUGUAAUGUUCAUAUCUUGAUUUACAGACACAAUAGUGAAAUAAAAACCCCAGGAUCAUGUAGAGGGUUAAUACAAACAUUUAAAACCAAAACGAUGAGUCUGACAGCAGCAGGUACAGAGGGAGGGGCUUCAUUUAUAUAAACACUCUUUGUUUGUACUGUAUUGCGAAUAUUUGGAAUACUUUUACGCUGAGUUGUAUUUAAAUUAUAGUGUGAAUACUGCAGGGAUAUAAAGGAUUAAAAAUAGCUUUAUGUUUGUUUC